AAGCUAUCUCAGAACAACGACGACUGCUACGUGCACACCAUGGGCCGCGGCGGCCGCAGCCAAGGGGCAGACUGGCGCGGCACAGCCCCGUGGCACACGCAGCAGCAUCAUCAACAGGGCGGCUGGCAGCGGCGUGUGCCCAGCAAGCCAAGGCAGAGGCAGAGCAGCCAGAAGAGGCGUGGGGAGUACCUCGUCUGCCCGUACUGCCCACCAGGCGAGAGCUGGGUGUACACCAAGCGUGCGGGCACUCCAGGCUGGGAGGGAUGUAAGACCUGCACAUACACGUGGCCCAAGCCCGCCGACCUCAAUGACAAGGACAAGCUGGCGGCGAAGCAGGCCCUGGCCACGCUCGGACUGGAUGAUGACAGCCUCCGUGCGAUCCAGGCUGUGGUCAAGUCCGCCAAGACGUCGGGGGACACCCAGGCCGCCCAGGCAGCCGAGACGCUGGCCAAGCUCCCCGUGCUGGCGCCUGCACCAGAGGGGCCCGCCAACCCUGAGCCCAAGCUGGGGGUGCGCUUGGAGGCCGCUGCGCUGCGCUGGAGACAGGCCCAGCAGGCCCAGGAGAAGGUCACAGGCCAGCUCGCGCAGCUGGACAAGCGCAGGCAGGAGCUGUUUGUCAAACUCGACGAGACCACCGACGAGCAGCAGCAGGCCACCGAGGACCAGUGGGGCGACUUGCCCGAGCUCUCUGAGGAGGACCUGGAGCUCCUGGACCCCGAGGCCAAGACCAAGUACGCCCAGGCCGCAGCGCUUGCGCGGCAAGCCAAAGAGGUCUACAGUGCCGCCAAGGACCAGAGCACGUCGAUCAAGGAGGUCGCCGACACCCUCAGGAAGCUCCAGGCCAAAGUCACUGCCAAGAAGCGCCGCCGCGUGGGAGACGGAGAAGGAGAAGCUACAGAGGAGGCCAAGGUCGAAGUCAAAGAGGAGGCCGCUGGAGCCACCACCGACCCCGCCAAGUGCGAUUUCUCCAACGCCGAUGAUGCCAAGAAGUACCUCGACCAGACCACAGCCAUCAGGGUACUGGCACUCACGCUCGCGCUCCUGGGGGCCCUGGUGAAGGAGGCGGGGGCGGGGGACCCCCGAAGCCAUCCUAGCCUGGCCAGCACGCACAACACUCUAACAGCGGCUGCACGGCCUGCCGAAUCCCAGCCCACGACGGACGACCUCGGCAACUCCGUCGCCAUCGCCACGGAGUUCCUCCGUUGGUGCGAGGGCCGCAGACUUCUGCCCACGCCCGAGCCCAACGGCAACCAGGCGGCCAGCUGGCGACUGCCAAGGGGAAGCGGCAGCAGUACACAGGCGGACAGCCUGAGCGUCGAGUCCGUUUCGACACCGAGCCAGGCCAUGGCGAACCAGGCCAGCGCCCUGGACACCAAGAGAGGCCAAGCAGCUAGGCAGACCAGCCCGCACCAGCGACCAUACCCAGGUGAACACCCUCAAGACGCCGAUGAACCCGUGCACGGCAGGCUCGGUAGGGUACCGUCAGCGGGCAGCUGGGAGCCGCUGAUUGAACGGGAGGCCGUGCAGGUAUUCUUCGGCAACUGUAGCCAGUACAACGACGCGGCGAAAGCUUUCGUGGAGGGAGCGCAGUGCUUCGACCUCAUUGGCUUUGCGGAGCAGCACCUUACGCGCCCCCAGUGUGACGCCGAAGAGCAGAGGCUGCGCCGAUACGGGUGGCGCUCUAUGCGCUCCUGGACGCCAGCCACCAGCAGCCGCAGAGCAGCCGUGCGGCCAGGGCAAGCAGAACGCAGAGAGGGCCCGCAUGGAGGCACAUGUUGGCUACGCCGCAAUGACCUCAAUACCUUCUCACACCUACCAGAUAAGACGGGCAAGGGCGCCUUCCAUGACCGGCUCAGCGACGCCACGGUCACACUCAUCCGUCGACGGCAUGGCACCUUCGCGCUCAUCGGUUGCUACCUGGACUGCAGCAUUGGGCUCGUGGGUAACAGCGGCGCCAAGCUCGGCAACAUCCUCAGGGUUACCAGGUCGCUCGGAGUGCCGUGGAUCAUAGUCGGGGACUUUAACUGUGCGCCAGAUGAGAUGGCUUCAUCCCGCUGGCCACAGGCACUCAAGUGCAAGAUCCUGGCGCCAGAUGCCGACCUCACCUGCGCCAGCGGCAAGGGCCGAGUCCUUGACUAUCUGUUGAGGUUCGAGACCCCGACCGUAGAGACGCAGAUCACCAAAGGUAUCAAGCGGGCACAGAGGGACAGGCAGCAGUACGAAAAGGCCGUCGAGGAAGGUUUGGACGACGAUGAGUUCGCCAACCUCCAGCACUUGACGAGCGAUACCUACACCAAGAAGCACCAUGCCUUCUGCGCUGACGAUGCAUGGACCAACGCCAAGGACUACGCCGCCCACUGCCAGCUGGGGGAACCCCCGCCCUGGGUCCAAAGCUCCCUGGCGUACAGGGCCAACCCAGACAGCGCGGGCAGCUUGGGCGAGAGAUACGGCUACUGGGCAAUGGCGGCGGAGAAGACGCUCGCAGAUCUAUGCGAGGUCAAGCCGCGCAACAACGCCAGGCGCGGCCAGCCCAUCAAGUACGCAUGGACUGCAGCUACCAGCCUCCUGAAGCAUCAGCGAGGCCACCAAGGGGCGGCUCGGAGACCUGAAGUCAACAUGUGGGGCACACUGCAAGGCAGGCUGACCGAGCUCAGAAAUGUAUGCCUCAAGACUAACGGCGCCUCUGGGCAGCGUGCGGCUAUCGAACACGUGAUCAUACUCACAUGCCAGCUGAUCAGGGACGCCCAGAAGCUCAUGGAAGACGACCCCAGCGAAGACAGCAGGGCACUCCGAUGUGCGGAGGCACUCGUCCGAGGCCAGCGCCUACCAGUCCCAGACGACGAGCAGGACGAGUGGGUGACAACAGUAGAGGCAGUCCGCCAACGUGCGGAUUCACACAACAAGAAGGCUUGGCAGGAGACCAGAUCUGCAGUACGCCACUCCACGGAGCAAGCACUCCAAGGAUCGAUGGGCGAGGGACACAGGCACCUCAGCAAGCCAGAGCGGAAGGACCUCAGCGAAGUCACCAUCGACCCAUUGGAUGGACACCCAGAAGGCGACCUCCAGGACCUGCAGGCAGUCAUGGAAGGCCUGCGCGCCAAGGCCGACGCAGCCAACCGCAACCGAAGGCCAUGCGAGCUAGCCGACCUGGACAAAGCCGUGCGCCAGUUCAAGAAGACCACAGGCAGGGGCACGGACCAGUGGAGUCCAGCAGAGCUGGCCGCCCUUCCGACCCCAGCCAGGCAAGAGUUGACCGACCUAAUCAAUGACUGCGAAGCAACGCUGUCCUGGCCCCACCAGUUCUACCACAUGUGGUACCAGCUCCUCAGGCAGAACGACAGCGCGGUCGCAGGGGAGGGAAGACCCACCGGGCUAUUCCCCAUAUUGGCUCGAGCCUGGGGCAGACUCACCAAGCACGAGGUGGGGCAAUGGUGUGACGAGAGGGCUGCUUUCUGGGACGCAGCGGUGACUGGCAGCUCCGCGCUCCAAGCCUUCAUCGUCGCGGCUAGCCGGGACGAAGCGGCUGCGCGCGGGCAGUCAGCUGAAGCAUGGGCAAGCUUGUUUCUGGACUUCGAGAAAUUCUAUGACAGCAUUAACCUGGUCAAGCUCACCAAGAAGGCGGAUGCCCUGGAAUACCAGCCCGUCGAGCUCUACUUAUGCACGCUGAUGUAUGUGGCGCCGCGGGUCGUGCGAGCCUCUGGUGCGUACGGUGCCCCACUGGUGCCAUGCAACAGCAUCGUUGCAGGCUGCAACCACGCCAGCAAUGCGGCUCGCAUGAUGCUAUACGACAUCCUCGAACUUGCGCACCGCACCGCACCGAAGACAUGGCCACGCCAGUAUGUCGACGACGCGCAGAUCCGCGCGCACCCAGACCAGCUGCCCAUCUCAGGGAAGUCUGCGCUAGUCGCCUCGCACCCAGCAGUCCGAGAUGCAGUCGGCGCCACAGCGGCUGCUAUGGGCCUCACCCUCACGCAGGCCGAUAUCAUGAAGGACCUGGGCUGCGACACCACCAUUGGAAGACGACCAGCGAGCCUGCACCGCACCAACAUCAGGGCCAAUCAGCAGCACGACCAGGCCGCAACGGGCAUGACCCCACACGACAUCGUCAGGGCACGAGCCGAGGCAGCCGACAUGGCGGGCAUCACGGCGGGGCACCGAUGCACGGCCACGGUCUUCAUCCUCACGCACGGCGACAAGGAACCGUGGACGGCCAACGUCACCCGCCAACUUCGCGAAUGGGUGCGCAUGUGGCGACGCAAUGAUGACCUACGCGACCACCUCCGCGAAGCAUGGCACCGCGUGCAGAUCCACCUGAACAGCGCCACCAAGCGAGGCCGAUGGAUGGCCGCCACGGGCCCCAUGGCAGCCCGUCAGCUCUCUCUCGAGGUCCUUGGCUGGAAGGGGCAGGAAGCGGAUCAGUGGACUGACCAUCGCGGGCACAUGUGGCAAAUCUCAGAUGCCGUGGAUGCCAACCUCACUGAGGUCGAGGAGGCCAUCAAGGACGCCGCGACCAGCCUCCUUUGGAGCCAGGCGAGCAGGCACCCUGAAGGACAAGGACUACAGAGAGGCGCCGACAUCUCGGCGCUCCAGAGCAGCGCAAGUCUCUUCCGCAAGCUAGAGAGGCACCAAGAGGCAGGCGCGCUUGAAGCAUCCGCAUGCGCAGCGAUUUGGACCAACCACAAAUGUCAUGCAGCAGGAUGCCACACUCAACCUACGUGCACCCGCUGCCAGCUGGGAGUGGACGACACGCCAUUCCACAGACUGUACGAGUGCCCAGCCACGGACGACAUCGACGACCAGUGGGUCACCAGCACGGUGGCCCUGGUGGCCAGGGCGAGAGCUGUCAAAGACGACCCGCUGGAACACGCCUUCUGGGUCAGAGGCAUCCUGCCCAACGAUAUGUGCCCAAUCGACCCACCCCCAGAGUGGGGCAGCCCCGGCGACACGCACUGGGCGGUCGGGAACUUCGGCAAGCGCACUGGCGACACCCGCUCCGUGGCAGCUGCGGCUGCAUACACUGACAGCUCAGUCACGUCAGGCGGAAAGCGCAUCGCCCGAGCAGGAUGGGGCAUAUCGCUGGAGCUGCCCGAAGACACAGGCACAAACAUCGACGACUACCCAGGCUGGUUCGGCAUCCUGGAUGGGCCCCAGACCGUCGCAGCAGCAGAGCUCGCAGCCAUCUACUGGACGCUCAAGCUCACCCACGGACCACUGACCAUCGUCACGGACUCCCAGACGGUGGCGGACGGGUGGCGCAGCUACAGCUGUGCCCGCCCAGAGGGCCCCCUGGCUAGAUGGUGGCAGCGCAUCCAAGAUGCCAUCAGAGAGCGAGAAGGAGGAAUACGAGACCUCACCGUCAUCAAGUGCUACUCGCACAUCGACGUCAUCACGAUUCAACAGAUCAGGCAGCCCAUGCGCGUCACCAGAGGGAACGAGCUCGCUGAUGGGUACGCGCAGAGAGGGGCCGAGAUCGCAGCCAACG